AGUGGGAGGAGGUAGUUUGGGUGCUAUUUGGUGUGCUACUACUAAAUAAGGACUUGAAUUGUUAGUCAUAUUAGCUGAAGAAUGUCGUCCUUGGAUUAUUGCCUUUACAGUUAUGGUGAACUGCCAUUAGAGAUUGUUCUACACAUAUACAAAUACUUGGGCUAUACUGAUUUAUUGGCAGCUGGUGCCACUUGUCAUCAAUGGAGGAACGCUUUAUAUCAAACGGAGUUUAUUGAACGGACCCGGGUGCGAUUCACCAAAUGUGUCCUUUCGGAUCAGCAUAGUCCUGCAAUUGAUUUGCUGAAAUGCGAAAGGAGCUUUCGUCACUUUCUGUUUGAGGAUGUCACCCUGGGACAGGCGCAUAAAAUGAUGGCGUUUAUUGGCCAGUCGGCGCAUUCAUUGAACUUGGACAAUGUGGACUUGAAUGAUAAGCAGUUCUAUGGGAUUCUACGCAUGUUGCCAAAUCUUCAAUCGCUUUCAGUCACGCGAUGUUUACCAUUGUUUAUGUCUGCUACCUUUUUGGAUUCAAACUCAUGUGAUUUGACUGAAAUAUCAGCACAUUUGGCCAGCAUACGGGAGCUGACAAUAUCACAAAAUCGUUAUCUCACGGAUGCAAUACUUGUGCGCCUCACUGCACUUAUGCCCAAUCUGGAAUUAAUUAAUAUGUCCGGAUGCCAAAUAUCAUUUCACAAUGCAAUCCACCGACGAUUUUAUCCCAACGAACCAAGUGCGCCCAGUGAGUCGGUUUUGACAUUUAAAUACAUUUUAUCCGUGCUCGUCCAGCAGCGAAAGAAGCUGCGAGUUCUCGACUUUAGUCACACAAUAAUCGGACACUCGUUGAUGGCAUUAUGUGAUCUCAGCCAACCUGAUGAUAAUGGUCGGCCUGGUCUGCAACUGGAGCGUCUAUAUUUGUCGGGUUGCCGACAGUUGAAUGUGGCAACCAUCAAGGGAUUCCUCUCCACACAAUCCCUGCUGAGUGUCCUUGAUUUGUCGGGAACUGUGUGUCUCAACGAUGACUGCUUGGUGACCAUUGCAGGCACAAAUCCCCAGCUGAAGAGCUUGAAGAUUAGCGCUUGUGCUGGCGUUACAAACAUGGGUGCUAUCCAUUUGAGGAAUUUAUCACGUUUGCAACACUUGGACAUUUCGAAUUGUGAUGGCAUAAGCAGUCCUGGCAUUAUAGAGGGUGUGGGACGUGAGCAGAAUACUGUGCUCCUCGAGCUUAACGUAUCAAACCUGACAAUCUGUGAAGAGGCUAUCAGAGCGAUAGCCAGAAAUCUGCGUGCCUUGCGUUCGCUUCACUUAAAUAAUUGUGUCAAUGGGGUCACGGAUGAUGUGAUGCAGCUCAUCAUAAGUCAGCUCUGUUGGCUACGCGAGCUGUCUCUUGAAAGUUGCUGCAGGCUAACCGACGCUGCAUUAACGGGCAUAAAUGUGUCCAAGCUGCAACUAAACAGGACAUCUUCUAUUGGCGAUAUGUACCCAGCGCCAGAUAGUUUCACAGGCUCAUUGCAGUCCAUUAAGAUCUCACUGCGCAGCAAAGCAGAGGAGGAAAUUGUACGCGAUGCCAAGCGAAAGCAGGCGAUGAUUGCGGCCUAUGAAAUGAAUCUCAUCAAUGAGGAGGAUUUUGAAGGACACAAUAUCCAAGCUUUACGUGGCCUGCGAUCCCUGAACUUGCGUGGCUGCAAUAAAAUAAGUGAUGUCUCCUUGAAAUAUGGCCUAAAACACAUUGAGUUGAAUAAGCUUCUGCUCUCGCACUGCCAACAGAUAUCGUUAUUGGGCAUGGAAUCUCUAGUUAACAAUUGCCCAUCAAUUGAGAUACUGGACUUGUCCGAUUGCUACAAUAUUAACGAUCAGGGUAUCAAGACUAUAACUGAAAAGCUGCAACGCCUUCGCUCCUUGGACAUCAGCGGAUGCAGUCAACUGACGGAUCACAGCAUCGAUGCGAUUAUUGUUAAUUGUCAAUGUCUACAGACGUUAUCCAUUUAUCGGUGUCGUAGCAUGUACACGGAUAUUGAGGAUCGUCUUUCCGGACUGCGUACAUUGCGCAAUUUAUAUAUGGACAAUAUUAACAGCAUUGACAAUGCCGAAUUCUUUCGUUUGAAGAAACGUCUCGAUUGCUGAUAUAUUGCGGCUAUUUUCGUUGUAUUUGUGCUUUAUUAUUUUCAAUUGUACAAUUUUCGCUAGUCAAGAUAUCCAAGUCCUUAACACUUGUAUAUAAAUCGCACAAAUUUGAAUUAGUGGCAAUCGCAAUCCCAUUAAAAUCCAUUUGGAGUUGACAUAAUUUUUAAGCUAAAUAAAAUUUACUUAGUAGCUGUGAUUUUUUGCAAAAAAAAAAAAAAACCCAAAUGAAAAUAAUAAUAUAAUUCAAUUUGUGAAUUAGGUGUUGUGUGUCUCGAGUUACAUUUUUUAUUGUUAAUAUUUAUUGUUAUUUAUAUAAUUCGUGUGACCUUAAAAAAUAUUUAAAUAAAGAAGACUGUCGUGUUUGCCUUCGGUAAAAAUGAAUCGAUUUAUUUUGAGUUUGAGUUAA